UUUCAGGAAAUUGCAUCGUUCCUGAUUUCGUUCGACAGACAUGACGAGUGGCUUUCUUGCACGCUUAAGACCAGGCCGCAGAACGGUUCAGUCAUCCUGUACAAUCGCAAGAAGGUCAAAUACCGGAAAGAUGGAUAUUGCUGGAAGAAGAGGAAGGACGGAAAGACGACCAGAGAGGAUCACAUGAAGCUGAAGGUUCAGGGCAUGGAGUGUCUUUACGGUUGUUAUGUUCAUUCCUCCAUCGUCCCAACAUUCCACAGGAGAUGCUAUUGGCUGCUGCAGAACCCAGACAUUGUUCUAGUGCACUAUCUGAACGUGCCGUCGCUGGAGGACAGUGUGAAGUCGUCUGGCCCGGUGUCGUGUGCUCUGACCGACCGCAGGGACAGUCUGCGCUGGAGCCGAGACGAACUGCUGUCCCAACUCAAACCCAUGUUCAACAGUAUAAAAUGGUCUUGUGGAGGCAACAGUUCUGUGGAGCUCUCAGUGGAGCAGAUGGUGCAACAGAUCCUAGAAACACAACAGACCAAACCACAACCUCGAACACACACCUGCCUCUGCGCAUCUCCCGGAUCCAACAUUCCUCACCGCUGCAACAGCACCAAACACCGCAUCAUCUCGCCCAAACUGCCCACCCCUCACCCCGCCCUGAGCGAGCUGCUGAAUCUGGCCAAUGAGGGCUCAGAGGUCGGGCGGGAGGCGGGACCGGGCGACGCGUUAGUCGCUGUUGUGCCUUCAGAGAGGAAGCAGCCUGAAGAGGGCGGGCGAGGCGAUGAUCAGGGGGGUGUGGCUUCUCCAUGCUCCGCCUCCUCCUCCUUGUCUUCCAGUCCGCCCCAAACGCAGCGGGCGGCGACAAUCGCUCUUAGCAAUGGAAACGGAUUCUAUGGUGACCAGCGGGGUGGAUUGGCGGCACUCAUCGUCAUGACGACGGCAGCGCCGGUGGGUUGUGGCUGUGGGGAGGAGCCAAACGCAGAGUUAGGCUCCACCCACCUGUCGCUCACCCGCGCCGGUGGACGUCUCGUUAUAUCUCCUGUGCCGCCCAAACAGGACACACCCUCCCUGUCAAGCUCCACCUCCCCACAGAGCCCCGCCCCUCCCAAUCAGGGCGUGGCCACGCUGUCACUCACUCUCCUGCCCAGCCCUGUGAUUGGAGGACUGCUGCUGACCGACACCCCCGGGACACUCCUGCCCCCAAACCCAACGUCGCCAUCGCCCUUGUUGCUCCCAUUUGACCCUGACUCCUUCCUAAACAGCCCCAAACAGGGGCAGACCUACGGAGGCCCCGCCCUCACACCCCUUUCACUCUCCUCCGCCUCUUCCCCGUCUCCACCUCCUUCUACAUCUCCUCAGCCGCCAUCUCUGGCUCUGUCUCUUUCUCCCACGUCUCCUCCAUCGUCUCUAUCCUCCCUCUCUUCUGAGACGGAGAGGAAGAGUAUUCUGGGUUGUCCCUCGCCCUCGCUGUCUCUUUCACUCUCUCCGACGCGAACGACUCCCGCGCUGCUCCCGCUGUGUCUGGAGUCAUCUUUAGGACUCGAUUCGUUGAGUUCCCCUCUGUCUGUCCCGCCCUCCGAUGCCAGAGCUCCUCCCACCGGAUUCGCCACUCAAGCCCCGCCCGGUCAUCUCCUGACCAAUCUGCUCUCGCCCGCCACCCAAAUAACACCCUCCCUCGAAGUGCUGCCGACCAAUCAGCUUCCUCCAGAGGGAGAAAAGGCGGAGUCACAGCACUCCAUGUGCAUUCAUCCUCCGAAUCGGAUCCCGCCCCCGGCCACGCCCCCAAGCGUGAGUCACAUACAAGUGAAGGAGGAGCAGUCUCCGCCCACUCAUACACAUUUUGAAUCAGAAGUCACACCCAUGGACACCACCCACUGCGGCCAUAUAGACGGAGAGGAGGCGGGGCUUACAUUUGACUCCGCCUUCCCCGACCUCAUAUCUGAGCUGAUUAUAGAGGAGCCCAUCAGUCACCUGCCCACCCUGGCUCCGCCCAUUUACCCCAUCCGCUACAUGGUUCCUCCGCAGCCGACACCGUCCACCUCGUUCCUGCCCUUCCCGCUUCUUACAAACUCCGGAGGAAACCCAGCGGAAACCCAGCGUCUGGCCAACAUCACAGACUUCUCGCCCGAGUGGUCGUACCCCGAGGGCGGAGUGAAGCUGCUGAUCACAGGCCCGUGGUCAGAGACGGACAGCCGAUACUCGUGUGUGUUUGACCAGAGCAGAGUUCCUGCUUCUCUCAUCCAGCCAGGAGUCCUGCGCUGUUACUGUCCAGCUCAUGAAGCUGGACUCGUCGCUCUGCAUGUGUUGAAGGACUCCAGCGCCGUCUCCUCUUCUGUGCUGUUUGAGUAUCGCGCUCGCAACGCCUCAUCGUUACCAAGCUCACAACUGGACUGGUUAUCACUGGAUGAUAACCAGUUCAGGAUGUCGAUUCUGGAGCGUUUGGAGCAGAUGGAGCGGCGAAUGGCAGAAAUGUCAAAUAACAAUCAGCAGAAUCAACACAUGAAUCACUAUCAUCAGCAGCUUUCGAGGAACCAGAGCUCCGCUCCACACUUGACUCCUGAAAACCAGUCGGGGCUGUGGUUCGAGCGCAGGAUCGUGGCCGUGUGCGAGCGCAUGAUGGCCGGCGGUCGCUGGGAACGAGGCGGUGAGACAGACAGACUCACACACUCCAUCAGACACCGAGGGAUGACGCUACUACACCUCGCCGCCGCUCAGGGAUACACACAGCUCAUACACACACUCAUACGCUGGAGGAGUAUCAGUGUGAAUAGUUUGGAUCUGGAACAGGAAGUGGAUCCUCUGAACGUUGAUCAUUUUUCCUGCACACCUCUGGUACGGUUAAAAACUUGUAAAAGCAUGUUUCUGAAAGAGGUCUCUUCUGCUCACCAAGGCUGCAUUCAUUUGAUCAAAAAUACGAGAAAAACUGUAAAAAUUAUGAAAUAUUAUGCAGUUUCAAAUAUCU